GAUAAGUUUCAUAUGGUGGCGGUUCUUGUGAUUUUAGGUUGGAUGGCAACCUUCACGGAUGCCCAAACAACAUGUGCCCAAAAGCUUGUGUCUUGUUAUCCUUACCUCAACAACGCCACGGCCAAACCUCGAGAAGACUGCUGUGACCCUAUAAGAGAAGCCGUUGCUAAUCAGCUUCCAUGCCUCUGCAAUCUCUACAACCACCCUAAUCUGCUUGCUUCUUUCAACGUCACUGUCCCUGAAGCUCUCAGGAUCUCUCGUGAAUGCGGCAUCACUACCGAUCUCAUUACUUGCAACGCCACUUCCCCCAUGUCUGCUCCACCACCGCCAGGACAAUCUGGAGGUGCUGACAGGAUAGCAUUGGCAGGAGUUACCACCUUAUUCUUAUGUCUGGUGACAUUCAUUUCUUCAUUGGGACUUUGAUCAGCAGAUGAUUUCUUCAUAGUAAACACCAGAUAUGGUGUGCAUCCGUCUCUAGGAAUUUUAAUUGUUUGCUUGCAAUUUUAUUUUGCUACAUGUAAUAUAAUUGGUGGGUUGGUUUUUCUAAUCUCUAUCACGUAUUAUUGUUAUCUGUAAUUUUAUUGUUU